AUGGGCGUCUCCAUCAUAGACGCCCAGCGCGACAUCAUUCUAAAUGUGAUCCGCUCCACCACCCAAGGCCAANACAUUGAGAAGAUCGAGGACCGCCGGCCCAAGAAUCCCGACGUCGACGCCAUCUACCUAAUCACUCCUCAUACCCACAUCGUCGACUGUGUCAUGGCCGACCUCGAUCGUCGGCGCUACAGAAAGACCAACCUGAUUUGGACCUCAUUGUUACCCCCGCACAUGAAGGAGCGUCUCGACAAGUCCUCCGUCGCCCGUGAGCAAAUCACCAUCUUCCGUGUUCUCAACAUCGACUUCUUCCCUCGCGAAUCACACCUAGUCACCUUCCGAGACCCCUGGAGUUUUCCUAUCCUCUUCCACCCGGCCUGCAACAAUCUAAUCCGUCAACACAUGCAAGACCUCGCUCAGAAGAUUGUAGGAGUUUGCGUUGCCUUGGGCGAAUUCCCCGACAUCAGAUAUUAUCGUCCACGCAACCCCACCCAUGAGGCCAGUGUACUAUGCUCCCAUCUUGCUCGUUUUGUCCAAGAGGAGCUCAAUCUAUAUGCCAACUUCCACAAGGAUUUCCCUCCACCAAGCAAUCGUCCUCGCGCAACCUUAUACAUUACCGAUAGAUCCAUGGACGUCUUUGCUCCCCUGCUCCACGAGUUUACCUACCAGGCCAUGGCUCACGACUUGCUACCCAUUCGCGAACGAGACAAGAUCACUUACAAGACAACCGUCAACCAGGGAACCGCCAAGCAAGAGGAAAAGGAUUAUGAAAUUUCAGAAAAGGACCGCAUUUGGGUCGAAACCCGUCACCUCCACAUGAAAGACACCAUCGAGAAGCUCAUGGGAGAUUUCCAAAAAUUCAUCGACGAGAAUCCCCAUUUCACAAAGGAGAGUGAUCCGAGCGGCAUGAAUGGUCUUAGUACUAUCAAGGACAUGUUGGCUGGUCUUCCACAAUUCGAAGAAAUGAAAGGGGCUUAUUCGUUGCAUCUUGGUAUGGCUCAAGAGUGUAUGGAUUUGUUCCAGCGUCACAAGCUUCCAGACAUGGCCUCGGUCGAGCAGAUUUUGGCUACCGGUCUUGAUGAGGAUUAUAAAAAGCCCAAACACGUUACGGACCAGGUAGUGCGGACUCUGGACGAUGACGCGAUUGUGUUACCAGAUAGGCUCCGAUUGAUUGCGCUAUAUCUCAUCUACAAGGAUGGAUUAUUGCCCGCGGAUCUUGUCAAGCUCCUGCUUCAUGCCCAACUUCCCCCUCAACAUGCCGAGAUGUUGCACAACCUCAAUCUUCUUGGUAUCCGCACGUCGAGGAACCUGAAGGACCCGCGUCCACCACCCAUCCCUCUAUUCCCUCAGAAGCCGCCACCAACCUUGGUACAAGAAGAGUAUGCUUUGAGUCGCUUUGAGACAUCCCUUCAGAGACUCUUGGAUAACCAUACGACCAACACUGUCGACGCCACCGUCUUUCCCUACAUCAAACCACCAAUCGAUCUGGGUGAAAAUGACAUGGGCCCUGCGCCCACAUCGCUGCGCUCGGCCAAGCCUACGUGGGCAAAGGCAAAAUCGUCCACCACGGAGCCUCGGCAAAGAGUGAUUGUCUUUAUGGCAGGUGGUGCAACAUACUCUGAGAGCCGAGUGUGUUAUGACAUGACGCGGCAGAGCAACAAGGAGGUGUUCCUAUUGACCAGCCAUAUGCUCACGCCAGCCUUCUUUCUACGUCAAGUGGGAGAUCUUAGCACAGAUAAACGUAAGCUUGGCAUACCAGCCGAGCAGCCACCCAAGCAAGCUCCUGCUCAUCUGUUCGAGCGAGAUGAACCAGCACCAGCACCACGACCAGUGCAGGCCCCAUUGAAGCCUGUCGCUCCAGUGCAACCACCCACUCAGGCUAUGGGCAACAUGAAUCUAGGUCCAAAUCAAUCAAACGGCUCAGGGUCAGCAGCACCGGGACAGACUACUUCGAAGCUCCAAAAGGAUCCGGAUAAGAAGAAGCGGCACUUCUUUUCGAGCAAGAGAGGAUAG